AAAGGGGGUGUAGAAUGAAGAAUUAUCCACGUAUUCCAGGUUUGAGGCCUUGAAUCUAGCUAGCAUCAGAAUUAGUAUUAGUAUUAGAAAUCUGAAAACAAGUUGUGAAUGGUCCACUUCUCUCCCUCUCGUGAAUGGAAAACAAUGGAACGAUAUUUAGGCGCAGUUUUCCUCCAAAACAAACAAAGAAACAAAGACUAAAGUGAUCUACAGACCAUCAAUAUCCAUUCAUCCUCCUCCUCAGGCCUUUAGCUUCUCUCUCUCUCUCAACCCUGUGGCUGUGGGUGUGGAUGUGGGCAUGUGUAUUCUGUGUAUUAUUAUUAUUAUUGAUGUUUUUACACAUCAAUUGAGUUAAAUGAUUCCACAACCACAACCCACUGCUUCUUCAUCUUCAUCUUCAUCUUCAUCUGCUGCUUCCCACCUCUUCUGCCCAUCUUGUAAACGCUUCUUCAAUCCCAUCAUCCAUUUCCCUUUCUCCAAACGAAGAAAAAAACUACAACUAUUUCUGGUUUCUAUCUCUACCCAUCAUCACCACCACCACCACCAACAACAAAGAACAAUCCUUUUCUCUUCUUCCUCCUCUAAUUCCACCAAUUUUAACAACAACAACAACAACAGUACUAACUUACAAUCCCUACACUUACUAUUACCCCUCAAUUCUUAUUCUUCUAAGAGACCAACUGCUAAAACCUUGGACCAAGUGGAUGAAUUCUCACUAGAACUAGAACAAGAGCAAGUCCCCAUUCCAAACAGCAACAAUUUUACCAGUUUCCAAGAAGACCCAAUUGUUGACAAGCUUAGAACCCAACUGGGUGUCAUUCACCCCAUUCCAUCUCCUCCCAUCAACCGAAACAUUGUCGGGUUAUUCGUAUUUUUCUUCUUCGUCGGUGUUGUUUUCGACAAGUUAUGGACUUCCAGGAAGAGAAACAAGGACGACAAAAGGCACCUUGGUGGCGGUGGCGCUUGGCCCCAGGUUCCCACCAGCUUUUCUCUGUUUUUGGAACAGGAUUUGCAGAGGAAAGAGUCGGUGGAAUGGGUGAACAUGGUGUUGGGAAAGUUGUGGAAGGUUUAUAGAGGUGGGAUUGAGAAUUGGCUCAUUGGUUUGCUGCAGCCUGUCAUCGAUAACUUGGAGAAGCCUGAUUAUGUGGAGAGAGUUGAGAUCAAGCAGUUCUCCUUAGGAGAUGACCCCUUGUCUGUCAGGAACGUUGAGCGCCGCACUUCACGCCGUGUCAACGAUUUGCAGUACCAAAUAGGGCUUCGGUAUACCGGUGGGGCUCGUAUGCUGCUAAUGCUCUCACUGAAAUUUGGUAUUAUCCCUAUUGCCCUGCCAGUUGGUGUUCGAGAUUUCGACAUUGAUGGGGAGCUUUGGGUCAAAUUACGGCUGAUACCAACGGAGCCUUGGGUGGGAGCUGUUUCGUGGGCUUUUGUUUCACUUCCAAAAAUAAAAUUUGAAUUGUCUCCAUUCCGCUUGUUCAAUUUAAUGGCAAUUCCUGUUCUCUCAAUGUUUUUGACAAAACUUCUCACUGAGGAUUUGCCUCGGCUUUUUGUACGUCCAAAGAAGAUUGUUUUAGAUUUUCAAAAAGGAAAAGCAGUUGGUCCUGUUGCAAAUGAUUUUAAACCAGGAGAAAUGCAAGAAGGGAACAAAGAUUUUACUGGAGAAUUGUCAGUGACUCUUGUAGAUGCGCGGAAUCUUUCUUAUGUUUAUAUUGGCAAAACAGAUCCAUAUGUUGUUCUAAGCCUGGGAGAUCAAAAUAUACGUAGUAAAAAGAAUAGUCAAACCACAGUCAUUGGGCCACCUGGUCAGCCAAUAUGGAAUCAGGAUUUUCAUAUGCUUGUUGCAAACCCUAGAAAACAAAAAUUGUACAUCCAAGUAAAGGAUUCUCUAGGAUUCACAGAUUUGACUAUUGGAGUAGGGGAGAUUGAUUUGGGAUCUCUCCAAGACACUGUACCAACAGACAAAAUUGUGGCCUUACGAGGAGGUUGGGGACUGUUUAGAAAGGGGUCUUCUGGGGAGAUACUACUUCGGAUGACAUAUAAAGCUUAUGUAGAGGAUGAAGAAGAUGAGAGGACUGAGGCAGAUUCCAUUGAUGUGGAUGCUUCGGAUGAUGAAUUGUUUGAUUCUGAUCAACCGAAUGGUACUUAUGAGAAGAGAGGAGAUUCUUCAAAUGAAACAGAUAAAGAAUCUUUUAUGGAUGUUCUAGCAGCAUUGAUUGUGAGUGAAGAAUUUCAAGGGAUAGUCUCAUCUGAAACAGGAAAUACCAAAGUUUUGGAUGAUGUCUUAACUAAAGGGUCGACAAUACCAAGACCACGUGGUCUUAAUGCUGAAUCCAUCCCCUUGAAUAACAUUGAUGAUUCUGAAGGUUCUAGAGGAUCAGCCUUACUUUGGCUUGCUGUCAUUACGUGUAUAUCAGUGAUAAUUGCUGUCAAUAUUGGUGGUUCAGGUUUCUUCAAUCCUUGAUAUGCAACGGAGCUUGCAAAGAAGUAGCUUUUAGUGCUUCUUUUAACAAGCUAUGCAACUUCCUUUUCACAUCUAGCAAUGAACUCACCAAAUGGUACAUUUUCCAAUUGGCUUCUAUUAUGGUUUGUUUGGAUGGAGGGGGAGUGAAGGGGAGUAGGGUAGAGUUAGCUAAAAAUAAGCUAAUUUUGUGCUAAAUCUACUCUACUCUCUCUCCCUCCCCUCAAUCCAAACGGACCAUUAGUAUUUACAUUCUGUAAAUUCAUGGUUACUGGCAGAGAAAAUGUUCUGUUGGCGGUAGAGGAAAGUUUUGGCCUCUUUUUGUCAUGACCCAUAGCAAGUGUAUAUGACCGUGUACCUCUAUAUGUAUAUUCAUUAAUCAUAUGACAAAAUUCAUUAAUCAUAUGACAAAAUACUGAAGGGGGGUAAAAGUUAUUUUUGACCCAAAAAGAGGGAGGGAGGGAAAAAUUAAUAAUUGUUGGCAGCAAAUUGUUUCUCUUUAAUAAAUGUCUCUCUUUACGCA